CCCGACCACAUCUGGCUUCAUCCUUCCCAUUUUCUUCCAUGGCCUUCCUCCCUCGUCUCACCUGCCUGCUCCGCACCGGCGCGGCCGCGCUGCCGCGCACGAGCGCGGCCGCGCGGUGCAUCGGGACCCAGACGCCGCUGUGGAGGGAUCGGCAGCUGGCGGCGGCCAAGCGCUUUCAAGCGCCGAGUGGGGGAACGACGCCGCAGAAGGUGGUCAAGGAGGCCUACCAGGCAGCAGAAGAAGAGGAUGAAUUUCAGUGUGCACGCCUCCUUUGGACCUUGAAGAGCGGUCCCUACGAUGCGGACGUGAAGGCUGCGAUCAACGCUCCAUUGAAUGAAGAUGGGCGAAGCUUACUGCAGGCAGUGGCCGCCAAAGGUUUGCUACGGCCACUGGGCUAUCUCCUGGACAUGGCGGCCAACUGCGCGCGGAAGGAUCGUUUAGGCCUCACUGCGUUGCACGAGGCAGCCCAGAACGGCCAGAACGAGGCUGCACAGCUGCUGCUCACGCGUGGGCGGGCGCCCAGUAAUGCUCGGGACGCUGCAGGUCAGACUCCUUUGCAACUGGCCAUGGAGAAGGGCAGCAACUCCACAGUGCAAACACUGAUGCGCUUCGGCGCAAAUGUGAAGCUGCUGGAUGCGAGCAAAGUGCCCGAGGAGGCACAGAAGCUGAUGGAAUGGACCAGGAGCUUCUCAGAGCGUGUCAACGAAGAGGCGGCCCAAGUGCAGCUGCGGCGGAAAGACGUCAAGAGCCUGGGGAACGAGGUGCCCCAUCACAUCGUGGCACCCAAGUUGGUCCUCACUCCGAUCGGCUACUGCCCGGUGAACGACGAUGGGGAGGUCUAUCAGCUGAAGCGCGGCGUGCGCUUCGCGAAGCGCCGCCAGGGGCCUUCGGCACCGCGGGGGAAGGUCAACUGGUACUGUCCACGAGGCUAGGAGCUGUCCACAAACCGUUGGUUUGAGCAUUUCUCAGUUUCACCCGAGGCGGAAGAAUUGGAGG